GGUUCGACCAGUCGAUCACGCCUCCAACUGAUAACGCAAAUCGGCCACUUCGCCUUUUAGUUUUGAAAGUCUCUCUGUUUUCUGACGUCGUUUCCCAUCCAACAUGAGUAAGUCGAGCACUUUAAAAGUGAAGAAUUUGUUCAAAGUUAAGUCACCGGGCAAAGAGGGCAAGGGAGCCAAACAGUCGGACUCCGUCAAAGAUGGAACAGCUACCGUGUCCAGCAGAGACAAGUCGCGGACUUCACCAGUGAGCCCCGCUCCCGGGAGCCCCGAAGACGCCGCCGCACUGCCCGGUGAUGGCUUGCUCAUUUUACCCAAGGAAAAGAAGGCAAGGCGGACGUUGUCGUUCAGGUUGAAACGAAAGAAAUCUAAGCAGAAAGACGACAGAGAAGGAGGCGAUGAUGAGUUGUUCCCCAAUGAACUGGAAAGCUUCGGCAGCCACAUGAGCUACGACCAAAUGAGUGUUUCAACAGCGUACUCAUUCCAGACUGAAUCGGACUGGGACCUUCGUUCUGACUCCAACUCCAUGAUCUACUUCAACAUGCCUCAGCAAGGAGGUUCCACUUCGCCAUCCAAGUACUUCAAGAAUUCAGAGGAAAAAAGGGGCGUGUUGGAUCGUCUCAGUCACUUCUUCAAACCCAAGAAAAGGAAGAGCCGAGGCCAUGAGACUUUAAACACUUUGGUCGAUGCAAGUUGUCCAGGUUCGCCCACCUCCGCCUUGUCUUCAAAUUCAUCCCCGCUGAAACAGGAAGAUGGCUCAAAGACACCCACUCCCUCGCGAAAAAAUGACAAGCCGCCCAAGACCGAACCCCGAGCAGGAGUGGAGAUUGGAGACACCCUCAGCCAAGGCUCCAGCCCCAGUGCCUCAAGUGUGGUCUCUCUAUUGACUGAUGGGGCAGAUAUUCCAUUUGCAGACUCCAACAGCAGUGGCUCUAACAGUGUGCGGGAGGUUCCUGUGUGCGGUAGUCAAAGGAAUUCAGGGAAUGUGACCCCCACUGCUCUGGACUUUGCAACCACCACUUUGCCAUUUUGUUCUGAUCCAAAUUCAGAAGUAGGAUUUGCAGAGUCAGUGGUGGAUGAGGUCAGCAAAAGGCUACAGAUGAAUUUGGACGAUGUCACAACGAAGAAGGCAGAAAGAUGGACUGUGGGUGCUCUUAAAAAGCCAUCCAACUUGCCAACAGUUCAGAUUCCCUUUCCCAACAAUGCUGCAGGCCCUAAGUCACCUAACUUAACUUCCAUAAGUGUAGCGACAACAAAAACAUCAGUCAAAGUUGGAGAAUACAUCCACAGCACAUCCCUAAAGGGAAUAACGUUGAGCUCUCAGUCAACCGCGACAAACCUCAUCUCGACUCGUGAGCGUACUCCGGAUGUUGACAGGGAAAAUUCAGCACAAAGCCAUUCACCGGAAAGAAACCAAUUACCACCUAGUGAAUCUCCUACUCACCUCUUCAAAGCCAUAUUAGUAGAUACUCACCUCGUAGAGGAGGAGAGAAAUGGGAGGGAGGACAUGAGGGACGUUGGGAUGGAGGAGGAGAAGGAGGAGGAGUGUUUCAUACCACUUUCGCCUGCCGUGCUGGCCAUACCUGUCACAGUAUUUCCUGAGGAUGAGUCCAUUACUCAAGGGAAUACAGACACCACGAGCAGCUUGCCAGAGUUGUCGUCCUCAACGCCAACUACCGGGGAUUCGCAAAUUACUUUACGACAGUCGGAGGAGCCUAACACUGGCACAGACUCAAAGAAACACCCACUUAAGGAGAAACAAGGGUCAAAAGAGACUUGUGUUACACGCAAGACUGUGAAUCUGCCUUCAAAGCCCAAGGUUGUGGCUAAAGAAGUGCAUGGUAGCCCAGCGCUAAGUCUGGAAGGGAACAAGCAAGAUUCCAGUUCAAAGACUUCUGGGCAGUCAAAGACGACCCUAUUGCUACGGCUUCAAAACCACAAUGCUGAUGCAAACAGACAUGCAGACACAACGCCAUUCACAGCAUACGAUGAAACUGAAGACAGAAACACAUCUGAUGUUUUAGUUCAACAAAACACUGUCUCUCAGACAUCUGAAAGUGACGGUAGCCUCGCAACCCCUGAUAUGCACAGAGCAAAACUACAACCCGGGGUAUCUGGAAUAAGAGGCAAUGGGAAUAACCAGGCAACAGCCACUAAAGCAGGAGUUAAAGUAGCAGCUGAAACCCGGCGUACCACUGAAAGCAUAGCAAGACCCUCGGCAACAACAGCAGGAGACAAGGCCAAAAAUGUGGCAACAAAAGCUAAGGGCUCCACAGAGGACAUUAAAGUUACGAGACCCAGUGAUCUACUGCCACUAAAGCAACAAAGCAGUGAGAAAACGGUCCCUGUGAUAACACCGUUAAAAGACAAAUCCACCAGUGGUCUCACAAAGUCUAGAAUCCCCAAAAGGCAAAUAUCAGAUGGUGAUAUAAAAUUACCAUCUUCAAUAGAUAAAACAACAGAAGCUGAUGGCCCUUCAGCCAUUCCCAAACUACAGAAAAACCUGCGACUAACAAAUGAAUCCAUUAAAUCAUUAGUGUCGACAACCAAAAGUCUCAGAAAACAAAGCUCUGAGGAGGAAAAGGAAAUAAAUACUCGCUCAGGUGGCAGUUCUCCUACUAAAGCAUUAUGCCGGCCAUUGACAGAUCCUGUAAAAGAAAAUCCAACGGAUAUGGACUUAAUAAAUGGAGUGGAAGAGGAUCUUAAAAUAGGACAGUCCAAUAAGGAUAAACAUGCUUCCAUGAUGCCAAAGAGCCGGCUGCCCGUUUCAUCUCCAACUAAAAAGUUCAAUACUGACCUACCUAAAACAAAUGAAAGCAAUUCCAGAAAAGUUACCUCUCCUCGAUUAGACACAGACAGACACAAACAAGCCCAGAAGUGCCCAGACCAGCCAGCAGCAGCACGUGAGGAAAGAGCUGCUAGCAAUAUCUCUCCUCCCCCUGGAAGUCCCAAGAAAGGAGGCAUCUUAUCACUAAAACAAUUGAGUCACAUCUUUAAAACAAGACAACGCCAUGAGGACGCUGACACUGUAAUUGUCACCAACCAAGAUAAAAAAGACUCAAAGUUUAUCAAACAAAAUCCAAAGUCUCCAUUAAAUAGUCCUGGUCCCCCAUCUCCAAGCAAGCUCCUGACAAGAAGCCAGAGGAGCCCCGCCAAUAAUAAAUCAAGGAAAAGUCAACAUAUUUCAAGCGGUGAUUCAUCAAAUAUGUUUAUACCUAAAGAGGACAGUGUACAUCCAAACAGCAGUACAGAGACAGCUGACAAAUCUGCAGACAGUGUGGAGGCAGAUCAUUCGAAAGACAGUACCCCUGUGGAUGCAAUUCAUCUUAAAUCUGUGUCUCACAAGAAAGAGCACAGCGUGACAUUCACAGAUCAUUCUUGUGCCCGUGAAACCAAAGAGAAAACAAGACAGUCACAGGGGCUUGAAGAGGCCCUCAAUAACAGUCCUAAAGGAAGCAUUUCAAAGACUCAGAUAAUCAAACAAAGGGAAACAGUGGUUACAGUAAAACUUGAAGACAAAGUUAAAUCAAUAAAAGAUGCAAUAGCUGAGGUAGCACCGGCCAAGGCCGUCCUCAGUUCUGAGAUCAAUAGUCCAGGAGAAGAGCAUGAAGCACUACAACAAUUGAAACCAGAACAUUCCACAAAAAAUGCAUCUCAUCCCCAAUGUGACAGUACUGCACUGGAAUUGCAAACCGAAAAUGUCACGGACAAGGUAUUUUCAGAGACAGCCCAUCUCACAAAUGACACAAAACUGGAAAAGGAAGAAGAUUCAGUCGUGAUAGCUCAGGGUGUUAAUGCAUCUCCAGAUAAUGUAAUGGAUAGUUCUGUGAACCCUUCCUGGGAUGACAUCCAUCAAUGUGACAACAUUAUACCCUCUCACCAGGAAGGCACUCCCAUUGAACCAGCUAAAGAAAAUGCAAAUGUAGCGCCAACUGAAUUUGUUUCAAAAGACCAUGAUUCUGAGCUGGAAAAUGUUGUUUCAGCGACACCUUCAAUUUCUUUAAACACCACUGAUAAGAUCAAGGAUUUUAAAGUCAUUGUGGAUCAAAUUACAAAUACAAUGAAUGAAAAUAUGUUGCCAUCGGCGUUGGCCACAGAUUCAAUACAAAAUGCGACAGGAGAGGAGAAAAGCAAAGAAAAGGUCGGCACGAAAACAGCAGACACAGAGAAUGAAGCUGUUUAUGAGGCCUCCAAGAAUGUUGAAAGUCAGCUGGACAAAGAGCCCCUUUCACAAAUACAAGAGUCUAAAAAGGAGGAAAAAGAAUCAAAGUCAAGUGAAAAGCUGAAUGACACAGCAGUGAUGGGCAGCAACUGCAUCGGGGAGCUCAAGGCAUUCAGCACAGAGAGCAAAGCAGACAAAGACGUCACCACGCCAAAUGAAUCAACCCAACUAACAUCAGAAAAUGAAUCUUUACCGCAGAGCGCAGAGGAGGAAAUACAAACAGUAAACACCGCCGAAAAGUACAAGAGUCAAGCACAGAGGACAGAACAAAUAACUACAGUGUGUGAAAGUACAACCAAGAUGUUGGAUUCCCAAGAAGCUAUUAAGGAUUCUUCGAAGGAAGCUACUAGUGCAGCUAAGGAAUCCCAGCAGCCAAUGGGGAAAGAACUGUCAUGUAAUGUACCGCUAACUCAGGAUGGGAUAGGCUGGAGUCAAAAUGAAAUUCAGGACAAGCACAGUUAUGUUAAAAGGGGGAAUCAACAGGAAAUAAAGACAGUUGAGUUUAAUAAAGAUGGUGAAACAAAUGCCUCAUCAAUUAAAAGUUUAGGGAAUGAGAGUUCCAACUCUGAAGUGAUUAGCCAAGAAGAAACGGAGCUUGUUGGAGUAAAACUUAAGAGUUUUGGCAACCAUGAUGAAAUUGCUGAUACGGCAAAAGCAUUAAAUGCUGAAAAAGCACUGGAAACCCAACUUAGUGACACAUCGUCUACUCAAAGUUCUCAACAACAUUCAAAUGAUUCUCCAUUAAAACGUUUGGAAGAUGAAGCGCCGACUGCCACCAAUAAUGAUGAAGUUGGGGAUGUAAUUGACAGUGCUGAAACCAGUCAUGUUCAUUUCCAAAAACAAGAGUGCUCUGUAAACAUCACAUCUGAUCAUGAGAAGAUCAGCACACCGGAUGAAAACUCUCAUCAGUACACAGAUUGCAAAUUGUCAAAAGUUAACCAAGAAAGUAAAGCAAAAAUGUUACUAGCAGAACCUAUCGAGAAAAUGGCCAGUGAUUCUGAAAUUCCUACCAACUUGUUCACAAGUACAACAGACGCCGGUAAGAUUGAUAUGAAAGAAAAUGCUAAUUUAAAAGAAGUCACGAAGAGAGUGUCUAAACAAAAAGAUGAGCAAAUGACUGUGAAGCAAAAGUUAAAGCCCGGUCAGAUUGAGGACAGAGAACAAGAAGACACGGCCAGUGAUGGUUUCCAAAGCCCAUCUGAUCAGAAGGCCAAAGAGACCAAAGAAAAGAAAAAGACAACACAUGAACUAUAUGCCAAUAAAGAAGCUAAAAAGCUGAAUGCUUCCCAGCAGCCAAUAAAACCACCACUUAAUGGCGUCUCCCCUCUUGCCACUGCAGUGAAAUCGUUGAGUCCACCUGUGGGACUUCAGCUAAAGGAGGAGUCGCCAUCUAGCUGGUUAGACGUGGAACAUCAUCACAAACAGAAAAAGGACAACAGAAGGAAACCAGACGCCUCGGCCAGCGAAGACGAAUCUCUUGAACCAGACGAGUUUGAGGAUUUCAUCAGCAGCAUUAAGGCAGGUGGCAUUCCCUUCUCACUGCCUCUUAAGAAGCACCCACAUAAAAAGGCCCCAUCUCCCCCUUUUGCAAUGCCAGCCAUUAGGGAGGAUCAUUUUGAGAAAACUUUUGAUCCCGAAGAAUUUCAGUUUGGCUUGAGAAAGAACGGAAAAGGUUUCAAGGACCCAUCUCCAGCAAUGGUGUUAAAACAAAAUGCAGCUAACCGGCACGGGCGAACCAUGGAAAAACACGAGCCAGUCAAUUCCACAUCCACAGUCCAAAGGGAAUUCCUUGAGGAGGAAAAAGGAAGAACUGAAGUCAAAGAGGGCCCAGCGAUUGAGCAGAACAAUGGAGAGGAGCCUGGAAAGCUAUCAUCCCGAUUCGAAAGGAUAUCCCUCCUGUCUAGUUUACUGAGUUCCCCUCGGUCCAGUAAGAGGCACAAAGAGGAAGCAGCCACUGACCAAAAUAACACUUCAUCCAAACAACAGAAAAAAGUACCCUCGCUUGGAAAGCAGGAAGCAGUUGAUGCAACCUUUCCUGAAUACGAAUCGGCUACGAAGGGUGUGACAAAGAGCGGUACAGACUGCACAGUGGGUGGUAGUAAAGAUGCCGCCAAUGAAUCGACCAUUAGUCCCUCCCCUCUUUCUCUGCCCUUGGUUUCUCAAAUCAAACCGCCUACACAUAAUCUUGAGGACAGAAAAGAAUCUGCUGAGAUUGACCAGGACUUUACAAAAGCACUUAAAACCAAGCAGAAUCCGGACGGACAUUCUACUAUGGACGAGGCUUUAAAGCCUGAAGUCAAUCAUGCUGAACUACCUCCGGCCACCAAAUACAUCCCAAAGAAUCUUCCAAAGAAAAACUCGAAGACAACUGUGGUCAAGGGGUUCCACAAAAGACCUGGAAAGCUUUUCAUACACGAACAUGACAACGUCGGUGGUGAAGUCUACGAACUAUGUAGUGACGUUGAGGAUGCCACGCAGAUGAAACUCUCUCCUGUCAUCUUGGUACGAGUCAUCAGAGGAUGCUGGCUCCUGUAUGAACAUAAGGGCUUCCAGGGUCGUGUCAUUGCCCUUGAGGAAGGUCAGACAGAUCAUGUAAUGAACGUGUGGGCUGAUGAUGGAGCCCCAACAACUCUGGAUGAGAAGGGUCAGGCUGUGUCAACGACACCCUUGACCAUCGGUUCUAUUCGACUGGCAGUCAACGACUAUUCCCAACCCAGAAUUGACCUGUUUACAGAAGUUAAUGGUCUGGGAAGGGUGUCCUCUUACUGUGACGACACAAUUGAAAUUUGCUCCUUUGGGAUCCCCCAGACCACUGGUUCCAUCAAGGUCCAUUCUGGAGUCUGGCUUGUGUACAGUGAUCCUGGCUUUGGAGGUUUCGUAGGAGUGCUGGAAGUUGGCGAGUUUCCUUGUUCAGAGACCUGGGGAUUCCCGCAGCCCUUUGUUGGCUCUCUCAGGCCCCUUCGAAUUGGAGCAAUAAAGGUGGAUCAUCCUAAAGACGUCAAGGCACUGGCGUUCGAGAAGGCCAAUUUUGAGGGAGAGUGUCUAGAGGUGGAUGGUGACUUGUACAACUUGGGAGAGGGAGAAGCAGAACAAGUCAACUCUGGUGGAACUACAAAUACGAUGUCUUCCGUGGGGUCCCUCAAGAUACUCGGUGGUCUCUGGGUUGGUUAUCAAGAGGAAGACUUUGAGGGUCAGCAAUACAUCCUUGAAGAAGGAGAGUAUUCGCAUUGCAGUGAUUGGGGGGGUUCUGAGGAUGGUCUACUCUCUCUUCGUUCCAUUAGGACGGAUUUCCUGUCCCCGCACAUUAAAUUGUUCAGUGAGCCCAACUUGGACGAACGGGGGCUCAGUGUGGGUCUAAUGGGCCCCGUUGUCAGCAUGGAGGGCAUCGGCCAUAGCUUGAAAACCCAGUCCAUCAACGUCCUGAGUGGGGUCUGGGUGGCAUUUGAGAAUCCAGCAUUCAGCGGUGAGCUCUACAUCCUGGAGAGAGGCCUAUAUUCGUGUCCAGAAGAUUGGGGUGCCCGGAAUUUCAAGAUAUCAUCAAUCCAGCCAGUCUUCAAUGAAACGUUGCUGCAAUCUCAGUUCAAGGUGAAGCUGUUCUCUGAGCCCAACUUUAAGGGUGAACUGGUGGUUCUGGAGGACAGUGCCGAAGCUAUGGAUGAGGACUUUGUGCCCAUGUCCUGUAAGGUGCUAACUGGCAGCUGGAUCGCAUAUGAAGGCUGCAACUUCACUGACAACAUGUACUUAUUGGAGGAGGGAGAAUAUCCCGACGCUGAGUUCUUGGGCUUCCUGUCCUCAGACGUGAGGAUCCGUUCCAUGCAAACUGUUGGCCACGAGUUGUCUCUACCCUCCCUCUUGCUGUUCAGCAAGCUGGGUUGCACAGGUCGCAGAGUGGUGCUGACUCAUGGGACUGUGAACCUGCACCAAGCAGGCCUACCCGCUCACAUACGCUCUCUGGUGGUGGAGGGAGGAAAGUGGGUGUUGUACGAAGGCAGCAACUACCGCGGUCAACAGAUCCUGCUCCAGCCGGGUCAAAUCGCCGACUGGUGCAAGUUCAGUGGGUGGAAGGGAAUCGGAUCGCUGCGGCCGUUGCUGCAGAAACAGAUUGGUAUCCGUUUGCGGAACAAGGAGACUGGAUGUCUGAUAUCAUUGACCGGCGCGCUUGAAGACAUCCAGCUGAUGAGGGUGCACGCUGUGGAAGACACAGGGGGCGUCGAGCAACUCUGGCUAUAUCGAGACGGUCAGCUUGCCUGCAAGCUUGCCGAGGACUGUCGCCUGGAGACUGCAGGUAACAUGGUGAUGGCAGGCAGUCGGCUUUGUGUGUCUCCGGAGGCAGGAAAAGACAACCAACUGUGGGACAUAACCUCAGAUGGCCUGGUGCGCUGCCACUUCCAGCCUGGCCUGGUCCUUGAAGUCAAAGGAGGUCACCAGUACGACCAGAACCAGGUGAUCCUCAACACGUUUGAGGAGGGAAAACCAAACCAAAGAUGGACACUGGAGAUUUUGUGACUUGCCGGGCCACGAUGUGGCCCUCAGAUGCAGCUCUGCUAGUGGAGCACCCACCACUCAGACAAGUCCUGAGUGAGACUUUGCACAAACACUGCACUCCUGUAGCAUCGGGACCCUUUUGGAGGAGGGAAACCAUGUUCGGAUUAUACAGUACUCAUUAAUUUAACACUUUUAUUUUGUUCAUGUUGUUUUUGUACUUUAUAACGAAGAGAAGUAUGUUCUUAUUUAUCUGGCCACACUCUUUUUAUAUGGCGCAUUGCUUGUUUUGAAAUGUCAGCCCGGGUUUAAUGCGGCGAUUCUCUGGGCUUUAUGGUACGCGACAACUCUACUCCACGGUGUCUUGUUCCUCAUCUCAUGUUGGUGGACGCAAUGAAGUCUAAACUCCAAAGAUAUGUUUUAGUCACACAUUUUGUCACCACUGCUGGUAAUGUUGUAAAGUUUUGCAAUGUUUUACGAAUAAGUUUUAACACUGAAUCUGAUGCAUAUUAUUCAUUUGUGGAUUAGAUUUUAAAUCACAUAAUUUUUUAACCAACGGUUGAAAAUAUGUAAAUAUAAAAGAGAAAAUACCUGUUA